AUGAAACAGAAGGAAAUAGCUAAUGACGAGGUCGCCCAAAUGACAACCUGCGGUAAAACCUGCGACAAACAAUCUUUGUUCUCCUACACGGCAGGACGAUUUCUCAUCAACGAAGACAUGCGAAUGGAGGAACGUCAUGUUGAGUUCAACGACGAAGCUCUGCAGCGUGCAGCCGAAGCCUCCGUUGGCAACAAACAUGGCAAGGUUGUCAGUACGAAAAAGCUAGCCGAGGGAGGCUUUAAUCGAGUCUUUGUUCUCAAGUUGCAGGACGGUUUCGAACUGAUCGCCAAGAUCCCAUACCAUAUAGCCCGACCAGAAUAUUUCGCUACCGCUAGCGAGGCCGCCACUCUUACGUUCCUUCGGUUGAAAGGCAUACCUGUCCCGGAAGUAUAUAACUAUUCCGCAACAGUAGAGAAUCCUGUCGGCACUGAGUAUAUCUUUAUGGAGAAAUCUCCAGGGGUUUGCCUCGCAUCCAAAUGGGUGACCCUUCAAGACCCUGAGAUACGGAGACUUGCGCAUAGCUUCGUUGAAUUGGAAAAGAAACUUUUCGAGAUUCCUUUCAGCGCCACAGGUAGCUUGUACUUCAAGAAGGACAUCCCUUCUAGUCUACAGGCUCCACUGUACGCAGAAGAAGGUGCUACCGAAGCAGAUCAAUUUUGCAUCGGGCCUAUUGCCGACUAUAUGUUCUGGUACGGUAGAAGGGCUGGGCUAAAGUUGGACCGUGGACCAUGGAAAAGCCAUGUUGAAUAUCUUCAAUCGAUAGCAAAAAAAGAGAUAGAUUGGACGCAGCGUUACGGCAGACCGAUGGAACCCGACUUCCCCCACAACGAUUUGGGACUGGGAGUUCAACGCCCAGAGGACUAUCUCAAGCUUUUAGAGAGCUACCAGUUGUUGACACCACACCUGCUGCCGAAAGAUCCCGCACACCAUUUUAACCAGCCUACUCUUCGUCAUCCUGACCUCACCCCCGGUAACAUGUUUAUAACACCCGAGACCGGUCGGAUCUCAUGUCUUAUUGAUUGGCAGCACGCCAUCAUCCAGCCACAGCUCCUCGCCGCUGGCUACCCUCGCGCAUUCGAGAACCCAGACGACGAGCUUUCCCCUGAAUUAGUGGAACCUCAGCUUCCGGAGGACUUGGCAUCCUUACCAGCAGAAGAGAAAGUGGUGGCACGCGAGCUCUAUCGCCGGCGUCUCCUCUUCUUUGGUUACCGCGUGCUCAACGGCCAUUUCAACCAGCACCAUAUCACGGCUCUACGUGACCCUCUUCUUCUCGGUCGUCAGAUGCUCGUGGAUAGGGCUGGCCGUCAGUGGGAAGGCAAUCUCAUAACUCUUAAAGGAGCCAUCAUACGCGCCGCCGAAUUCUGGGAGCACUUACCCGACGUUGACGAUAUUAAGUGCCCGAUACGGUUUGAUCAAACUGAACUGGACGAGUUCGCGGAGAAUGAGGACAGCUGGCUGAAGAUGAGCGUAGCCGUAGAGCAGUGGCAGAAGAGAGUGUGUAAUAUGACCGAGGAAGGGUGGGUCCGAAACGAGGAUUAUGAGGAAGCAAAGAAAAAGCUUCAAGACCUGAAGGAAGAGAUUCGACUACAGUGUGAAGGGGAUGAGGAAGACAUUCAAGCGUUCCGAAGAGGCUGGCCGUUCCGAGAUCGCGAAGAAGUUGAUUGA